AGAAACCAAACAAAUGGCUGCCUUCGAUGCCAGAUGACUCCAUGAUGCCAGCCAUAUAUACGUUUAAUAGCAACGUAAAUUUUUCAAACUUAAGAACAACAAAAACUCAAGGAACAAAAACUAGCAACAACAUCAACAAUAACAAAACAAAAACAAGCGUCAACCGUUGACCGUUGAUCGUGCCGUCGCCGGUUCUUUAACUGUUCACAAUAUCAGAAAACUUUAUGUUUUUAAGGGGUUAAAUCACAUUUACAUUUUGUAUUAACAAGAAUGUAAUUUGUUUUUGUUUUUACGCCCUUCGCUGUUCCGCCAGAGUCUAGUUUCUUUACAAAGCCAACAGGCACCAAGUUACACAAGCUGUAGGAUUAAAAAGUUGUUUUCAAUAAAAAUCAUAAAAAUGGAUAGUUUCCUGAUUGACUUUGACAGUCCCAAACAAAGCAGAGGCAAUGUCCCUCUUAUUCCAGAAAGUCUAGGUACCUGGAAUGCUCCAAUGCUGUUUUCAUCAAAUGAUAUUGAAAGCAAUCCGUUUGACUUGGUUGAGUGCCAGGUUGCAGCCAAAACUGCUGCUGAAAAUGACCCAUUUGAAAUGUGUUUUAGUAAUGCCCUAAAUUGUAAAGAAGACAAGUCUAAGGACACUGAAGCACCUUUAUUUGAAUGCUUUAAUAACUCAAUCAAAUCUCCUAAGGCAGUGGCUAAAACUAUGUCAUCAUCAUUACCAGACUUACGGAAACUUUCUGGCAAAGAAUUGCCCAGUAAAAUUCCAUCAGGUUCAGGUACUACUAGCUAUGAAACUAAAAAUCAUAGUAUACCUGUUGUAACUGCCAAUGACUGCAUUAAAAUUCACAAUAGUACGUCUGCUUGGAAUUGCUUGGAGGAUAUUACACCUCCUGACUUUUUGAUGAAUUCUACCGUCGAUAUGUCUUGCUUCUUUGAUGAUACCUUGUCAACAAGUAUCAUUAACCUGGCAACUCUUGAAGACACCUCUGUUUUGUUAGAAGAAAAUUCAAGUCCAUAUGUUACCAAUAAGAUUACCACUGAAUUAAAAGGAAGUCAUCAAGCCACUUAUAAGUCAGAUGAAGAGCUCAGGUUGUUGACUCAGAAGAAGAUUGAAAAUCUUAUCAAUAAGGCCGAAAAAGAUGUCGAACAUGAAAUUGAAGAGUCAUUGGUUCAAAGGAGGCGAUCGAUUCAAUCACUAAGCAAUCCAAGUCCAGAAAUUUUAGCUUUGUGUACUCCUAGGAAGCAGUCAUUUAAAACUGAUCAAACAAAUUGGUCACUAGAAAAAUGGUCUGAAAAUGAACUUAAGAAACUAGAUCUCAUCUUGCCCAACACAUCUAAUAAACCUACAAGAUCUAAAAAUGAUUCUUCUCCUGCUGCAUAUUUGAAUGUUCCCCGUCUCUAUAUUGAAGAGGAAUUGUGUCUCAGCUCAUUGAAAAUAUCUACUCUGGGAGACACUUGCACACAAACAUCAAAAUCACCUCGGCAAUUAACUCCAGUGAAACAGAAAAGUCUAAGUCUAAGCAAUCUCACGUCUGGAACUGAUUCUGUGAAAAAGACUUCAUCUGUAUCUCCCUCUUCCAUGUCUCCAACUCUCCUUCCUCUUCCUCUGUGUGAGGAUGCUGUGAGAAACCUAAGUUUGUGCUCAAAAUAUUCUCCAUCUCAAGGGAAUUCUUUGAACCAACAAAAGAUAGAUUCAGGUAACACUCAGCGGAAUGUUAUUGCACAUUCAGGCAAAGAGCAAGCCAAAAUAACACUCCGAAAGCCUGCAAUCCCUCUUAAAUCACAAUCUAAAAUGGCUCCUAUGAAAGCAACAGCCCCUGUUCAGAACAUGACAAGAAUAAAAUCAUCUCUACUUACUUCUUCUAAGCCUUCAACCAGUAUUGUAAGUGGAAGGAAAUCAGCCUUGAAGGAACCAGCAACAAGUCAUUCAGUUAAUAGGAUGGCACAGUCACCUAGGCGCACUCUGAGUGGGUCACUUCCAAACCUAUCCAGUCAGGGAAGUAAACCUCCGACUAAACUACCAUCACCCCGAAGAUCUGGAUCGGUUUUACCUCCUCAUGCUACCAACCUGAAGAAACGAUCUGAAAGUAUUAAAGAGAAAAAUUCACACCAAAACUCAGGCUUAUCUUCAUCCUUUCACCAUUCACCGAGGCCACUUCGCAAGAGCUCUUCCUGCAGGACAGGAAAUCACGCUCGUGUCUUGGCUGAAAUAAACACCUGCCCAAGUGCCCGGAUGUCACCUAAAUGCAGAGUUAAUCAAGCGGAAACUCCAAGAAGAGGACGUUCUAUGCUGACUGAAAAGGAAAAUUACAUGUAGCGGUUCAUAAUUCAUACAAUUCUUGUUGGAAACUACAUUUCCAGACUUUCCACUUCAUAGAUUUAGUAAGAGGUAUUCAUAUUUCAGGAAGUUACCUCGAAGGCAGUAUUAUACAUUUAAUAACCUGCAUUUGCACUGAUACAUCCAUGUCAUAGUUUGUAAUGAAUAACGUAAUUGUUAAUGUUGUUUUUGUGGUUGAGGUAAUCUUGAAUUUAUUUUCCAGAAUCCAAAUGUCUUAUUUUGCUUCUAAUAAACAAUAUGUGUUUUAAUUCA